ACCAAACGACCAUCAUCACGAAAAGCAACUAUGAUCAACGCCGUUCUGAUAUUCAACAACCAUGGCAAACCCCGCCUUACAAAGUUCUAUACUCCGGUCGACAUCAGCGCACAACAAGCAUUACUGAAAGAGAUCUUCACAUUGGUUUCCACACGACCAUCAUCACUAUGCAACUUUCUCGAGGGCAGCACUUUGGUCGGGGGUCAAGAUACGCGUGUUAUCUACAGACACUACGCAACACUAUACUUCGUCUUCGUGGUCGAUGAGGCAGAGAGCGAGUUGGGCAUCUUAGACCUCAUCCAGGUGUUUGUCGAGAGUCUGGACAGAUGUUUCGAGAACGUUUGCGAGCUUGAUCUGGUAUUCAACUUCGAAGCAAUCCAUCACAUCCUAUCCGAGGUAAUAUCAGGAGGCAUGGUCGUGGAAACAGAUAUGUCAACAAUUGUGACAUCAGUACAAGAAGCAAACAAGUUAAUGAAAAAGAAAGGCCAAACAAGUUAUAUCAGCCUGCCGAAGGAGGUGUUGGGGCAUUCGGGUGGCGCGUAUUAGAAAUCAUACCAUUGUGUGCGUCGCUCUUCGUUCAUUUCGUUCGUGCUGUGAUUCUAUGCC